AUUUUGGCUCCACUUCCGGAAAUGAUUGGCGCUAAAAUUGAAGAUGGGAAAGUCAAAGACACUGAAAAAAUCUAUGGAAAACGAUCAGAAAGAGAAUGGAAUUCCCAUUUCCAGAAAAAGGAAGGCAUCUGGUCAGCUUCAGCAGCCCAAGACAAAGAUAAUGUGGUCCAUCAAUGAUACAGACACAGAACGUCUGUACAAAGAGCUUGGUGUAGGAACUUUGUCAUCUGAAAGCAACAGCAGCAGCAGCGAUGCUGACAGUUUAACAGAACUCACUCCCACAGUGGUCAACACAAAUGCCUCACAAAUAGUCCCAGGGGCACCAAAGAUUCUACAACCCAGUCAGUGUCUGAACACAUCUGUAGGAUCAGACAGACGAAGCAGUCUCUCCCUCUCCGUCUCUUCACCUGUCAACUACACACGCCAGAAAAGCAAAUGUGAUAUAAGCUAUUGUGAUACUCCAGGACCAGAUUACUUCUGUGGGCUUUCAGAUGAAAUUAUUCUUACUGUUUUCCGAUGGUUGCCAAAAUUUACACUUGCAAAAUGUUCCAGAGUUUGCCAUAGAUGGAACCGCCUUGUGUCUGACGAUUGUCUGUGGAAAAGAGUUGACCUGGCUAACAAGACCAUAGCCCAAGGAACACUAAGUAACAUCUUGAACAGGGGUGUCCAAAUCCUUCGUCUUACUAAAUCAGAGGUGGAAGGACCUAUAUUUUCUGGUUUCACAAGUAUAAUCAAGUCUACACGGUUGUCCAAAGUUCAGUACCUAGACCUGAGUAUGGCAUCAGUGCCUGUGCCUGUCCUAGAAGAGCUGUUUUCUGUGUGUCGUGACCUACGGAAGGUCAGCCUAGAACACUGCCAGCUCAGUGAUGAAGUGUGCCAACAUAUUGGAGAGAACAAGAACCUUGAAGUCAUCAAUCUAGCCAUGUGCCAGGGAAUAACAUCAGCUGGUUUAAUGCCAAUCACUACAAACUGUCGCAGACUGGAAUCGUUAAACAUGGCAUGGUCUGGUCUACAACGACACAGUGUGGUGUACCUGUCUCUCUGUCUGCCAUCUAGUCUCCGCAAACUCAACCUCAGUGGCCUCCGGGAAAACAUAACUGAUGAAGAGGUUCUUCAACUGGCAAAGACUUGUUCAGGCUUGAGGGAGCUUGACCUCAGUGACUGUACUAUACUCACAUGCUCAUCCUUAGACCAUAUUGUAAACCACCUCAACAGACUGGAAUACCUAGCUCUCAGUCGGUGCUACAGAAUACUGCCAAGUUCCAUUCCAAAACUGAAUCAGCUUGAUUCCAUGUUGGCUGUAGAUGUAUUUGGCAUGCUACGUGAGGGAGCCUUGCAACAGCUUCGAGAGGCCAUGUUUCGCAUAGAGAUCAACAAAUUCCCAUUCUCCAGCAUUGCACGACCUACAACAGGAAUCCGGCGCACCAGUAUAUGGGGACUUCGUGUUAGGGACAAUGUGAUAUAGGGAAGAACAGUACACAGUUUCACUGUUAAACCUGAUUUGUAUUUAUUGAAUUUAUUUUUUUGUUUCUAGUUAUUAUUAAUACUCAGAAGCUAGUAUUAAUUUUGUACUACAUUUGAUAAAUUUAUUGAUUAUGACAGAUGAUCUGGUUCCUUUGAGGCAGCUUUUGUGAUUAGCAAUUUUAAAAGUGGGAAAAAGACCUCAAUAAUCAUGCAGCUAUUUCAAAGACAUAAACAUUUGAAAUAUAUUCUGAAUUAUUGAACAUAUCAAAACAUGCUUUUAUAUAAGUUGGUUAGUAGUUAUAUUUAAAAAGAAAAGACUUUUUUAAAAAUCAAUAUUCUGUUUUGUAUAGGUUCCAUAUUAAAUGGAUAUUUGGCAUGAUAUUACAUUCUUAAUGUAUUUUAAGGAGAGUGGAAAUUAUGCAAAUUAUACAGAAUACUAUAUAGACACUAUUUGCUGUUAGAUUCAUGAUCUAGAAAUGUAAACAGGAAAUUAAAAACCAUGAGAAAUGUUCAUUUAUUUGAAUGGAAAAAGAGAUAUUCAUUUCAUUUGCCUGGAAUUUUAUUGCUUUAUCAUUUUUACAUUGUUGACAAAAAGAAUUGUAAAUAAUGUCUUUUUUAGUGCUGAAGAAGUAGAUUGUUAAUGAUUUGAGGGGUCUUAAGGUGAAACUAAUGUUUUAAUGAUGAUUUUUUUUUAUUUUAAAUUUUAGCAAUACAAUUUUAAAGGGGAUAGUUUUUUUUUUUAAUUUUCUCCCAAUUCAUGCCAUGCAUUUUCUUUCAGGGGUGUAGAUUUUUUUUAUGAUUUUAUACUGAAUAUUUUAUGCAUUAUGUUAUUCAAAAGACGGAGUUGCCAAUGAGUGUCUCGCAGCUAAUAUUGUUUGACUUUAGCACCCAUUUGGUAUAGUAACAUGUCGCUAAUGUACACUGGUACACACCGGUAAUGUCCUUCAGUUAGAUUUUGAGGUUGUGAAGAUAUCCAUAAAAAUAUUAACAAUCAAUACAAAAUCUUCCAUCAUGGGUACAUGAACUUACCUGCUGUUUUAAAUCAAACGCCAUACAAUGACAUACAUAACCUAUUGAAUGAAUAUUUCUAGGAAAUAAUCGGAUGUGAUACUGUAUAGCAGUUAUAUUUUGGCGGGUUUUAUUAGGUCACCUGAGAUGUCUCCGAUGGACCUAUUGCAAUCACCUUUUGUCUGGCGUCAUGAUAUUGGGCCGUAGCAAGCUGGGAUGAAGGGCUACAGAAGUUACUCAAAAGAAUGACCUUGACCUAUUUUCAAGGUCACAGCAGUCAAAUAUGUUAAAAUCUUUAAACAACUUCUUAAUAACCAAGAGACCAAGGGUCAUGAUAUUGGGACAAUAGCAUGCUUGGAUAACAGACUGGAAUAGUUUGUUGGAUUGAAUGACAACCUGCCUUCAAGGUUACACUGGUCAAAUUGAUAUGUUUAAUUCUUAAUUUAAAAAUAAAACAUCAUCUAUCAGUAUGUGUUUCAUAACUCAGGUGACUGUUAAAGCUGGGCAUCUUGUUUUCUCCAUAUUCACGCUGCCACUAAAAUCUGCAAAUUCUGAACUCCAGCAAAAUAUUUAGUACAACAAUGCAUAAGGAGAAGUGUCAAAUCACUGUAUCAUUACUUGUGGAACUCAUCCACGUUACAUAAAUUUAAAGUAUAUUUUAUUCAACUGAGAAAUAAAAGUUGCGAUGUAAAAUAUUCCAUUAGUAUAUUUAGAAAAUGAAAAACACAAAAUAUUGACCCAGCAAAUUUAAAGCGACAUAUAGUAAUUUAUGAAAAUAACCACACUUCAGCUUAAACCCAUACCUAUUUUCUUUACUGAGUUCAGAACAUGCCAAAAGUAAUACUGUUAGAUUGUUACAUAAAAACUAUUGUCUUUUUUUCAAUCUUGAAAUGAUAUUUCCAUUUUUAGGGGGUUUUGAAAUCAUUAUACACUGGAAGUGUGUGAUGCUAGGAAGGGAGAUAAAUCUAUUUGGUAUAUCAAACAGUUGGUUUUGACCCCCAUUAGUGUAGAUCUUUUUCAUAUUUUCAUUAGAUAUUUAAAAAAAAAAAAAAAUAGUAAAUUUAAAAAAAUUUAAAAUCAAGUAUGCAUUAAAGUUGUGCAACAGCCCUCAAGUUUUGUAACUGUCAUGGAUUUUCUGAUUGUCUAGAGCACAACUUUUCUUAACAGAUGUGUGCCUUUGAUUACACUGCAUUUAAUGUUUUAAUUUUACUUGUCUGAUCAAAGUGGAUUUUACACGACCCUUUUUCUUCAUGGGAUUAUGUAAGCUUUACAAUACUAAAUGUUCAUUUUUUUUUUUAAAUUUUUUUUUAUACCUACACUGACAAAAGAAGCAUUUUAAUUAAGACUUAUUUUAAUUUAGACUGUAUUUUUAGACUUCAUUGUUCUUAGGGACAUGUCACAUUGUCAGUUAAAGUCAUGUUGGCAGAAACAUCUAUGACAAAUACAAAGGUCUCGCCACAAGAUUGACAUCUUCGUCCAUGUCAGAGUCUAUUUUAAGUUUUGAAAUUAUUUUUAGAAGACUUUUUUAUAGAUAUUUUAUGUCACAAGGUUUAUGUAAACUGAUGUCAAAUUAAUUAAUCGUUUCCUUUUGAUGUGUAUGUCCUUUAUACCUUAAACUUUACUUACCGUUGUCAUUGUUACUCGACCUCCAUAAAUCACCCUCUCCACAGAGAACAGACAUUGGCACAUAUAUAAAUACUGACUUUAAAAAAGUAAAAAAAAAAAUUUCGUAAGAUGUUUCAGGGCCAGUCUAGGUCAGUUUUAGUAGAUAAAUGGCAUUUUUAAAAAUUUCCUUUGUCUACAAAGCAGUGAAUGUUGAAAAGGAAAAGCCAAAUUGAGCAAAAUGUUAUGUUACAGUAUUAAAACUUUGUUACUUUUUGCAGAGACGUAAUUUCCUUUUUUCAUUUCUUUACAUUAAGCCAGAUCAUAUACAAGUUUUAUACAAGUAAGAUGUUCGUAAUGUUUAUCAUCCUAAAACUACUGGCGAGGAUAGAUGUUUUAUACAUAUAAUACAGUUAACAUUCAUUUAUACAUACUGUGGUCAUACAAGUAAUUUUGAUGUUUUAAAAUACAGGUGUUUCAUUAUUUUUAUUAUAUUUAUACAGCUACACCAUGGAAAUCAAUCUCUUGAUUUGGAAAGAUUUGUUUUUAAUGAGGACUUUAUAUAAAUGUAUAUGAACCCUGAUAUUUUUUUAUUUUUUUUAAAUGAUAAUUUUUCUUUAAAUUGACCUUCAUUUUUCUUAUAUCAGAAUAUUCAUGUAUAUUUUAAUAAAUUCAAUUUCAAAUGCUUAUGAUAAAAUCAAAUUAGAAAAUAUAUUUGAUUACAAUGACUAGUAGAAAAAGUUGGAAUACUGUGACUCAUAAUUUCUAUAUUAGUGAAUUAUGUCAUUACCUCACCCAAGCUUGUAAGAAUACCUCAUAGAACUGAAUUUUUCAUUAUAGCAUUGGUUUGGAUUGUUUCAUAUACUGCUAAUUAUGUGUAUGUAAAUAUUUUCAAUUUCCAUUGGGGCUAUUCCAAAAUUAUCUGUGUGGGAGGCAGAGACCCCACUAAGAAUAUUUUCUACCAUAUAGAAAACUAGAAAAAUGGGGCUUCAUCCCCACCACUUGUCAAAUUUUAAUACAAGUGCCUCCCUAUCCUUCCACACAAAUAAUUCUGGAAUAGCUAUUGCUGGCAAAAUCUCAUUUUUUAUUAUUAAGCAUUGUUGAAGAAAAAAGUUAUUCCUGUUUACUUGAAAUUUAAUGUCAAAUGUUCUGUUUUGAAAAGUUAUUGUUUAUGAACUGUACAUAGUUAAAAGAUUGCCGACUUUUGUUCUAAUCUAGAACUGUUGUUGAGCUUUAGUGUUUAAGUUGUAUGACUUCAUUCCAGGAAAGGAACAUAACUUGUUAAACGAUUAAUAAUAUAUAGCUAAAGUUUCUAAGUUAUAUGAUAAAACAAUAAUAUUUCAUCAUCUUGUAAUGAUACAUUGUGUUAUUAAUUACUACAUUGUUGAUGAACUUGAAACUGUUCGACAGGCAAUUACCAAAUUUUAAGUUAUGUAAUUUUGAAAUAUACUAGAUUGAUGUUUGAAACAAAUAAUCAGUUAGGAUUGUCAGGCGGAGAAUUGUACAGACAUUAAUACUUUGUAUCUUGUUAUAUUGUAAUUUAUAAUAAUGUCAUUGUUUGUAAUGAAUGUGAACAUAACAAUACAGGGCUUCGUGUUAACCAAGUACAAACAUCGAAAUAUAAUUUUUCUUUUUUUUUUGUGCAUAGUUUUUGUAAAUGAUGUCUUGAACAUAAAUUUGGGCAGCAUUUCAUAUCUUCAGAUUGUACAUGAAAAGCUCAAUAUGUGUUGUGUGUUGUAUGGUAAAUGACUAUGAUUUAUUGUGUAAAUACACAGGGGCCAGACACAUUUGUAUAAGCCUUAUUGUGUAAAUACACAGGGGCCAGAAACAUUUGUAUAAGCCAUAAGAGCUUAUUAGUUAAAACAAGUGUCUCACCUAAUUAGUCUUCUUUUCGCUGAAUACUACAGGAAUAAGUAAUUGAUUUGUUCGGCCAGGUAAUACACUCCACUCCCAACCAUGGGUAGAAAUGUUGGAACCUUUGGGCCAGCUAGAUUUUUUUUCCCUUGUAGCCCUAUUGAUGGUACAAAUGUAUUCUGGGAGUAAUGUUAUUAUGAAUCAUUAUGAUUUAGAAUUGUUGGGUGUCUGGUAACCAUCUGAAUGUUAGUUACACAAGAUAAUUAUGUUCCUGUCCGUUCAUCAUCAUGUUUAAUGCAAUGGAAAUAUCUGAUUUUAUCCGUUUUCAGGUUGCUUGUCUGGGUUUUUUUCAGAACCCCUUUUGAACACCCAGUUUAGACCCCUGUGACUGUUAACCUGUAUGUCUGGUAUUUUUCUGGUAGUUUUCUGUACAUCUGUGUUCGCAAUACUAGUAUUAGAUAGUCGGUGCAAUGAAGCAUAGCACUUAUAUUGUGAUGUUAACGACUGGUUUAACUGUAGUGUGUAAGAGGUAAUUGCAUGUUAUAGAUUAGUGAAGUAAUGGAGAUUUGUUUCUUGUUUUUAUGAAUGACAUUGUGAAAUUGAUAUCUGCAAAUAUUUUCUGAAUUACAAAGCCAUGUUAAUAAGAUAUAUUCAGCCUUUUUAAUAUAAAAUUACCCAUUAUAGUCCUUGCCUAGCUAGUUUUUCACUUGAUAAUUUUGAGCUUCAUUUUGAAUUAAGAUACAUGGUUUUCGCUGAAUAUUAUAGUAAUUUUGAAUUAAUUUUUUAGUCAAAAUUUUCUUGCACAGAAAUAAGACUGAUGGAGUAGGAUGAGUAUAAAAGAUCAAAUUAACAACUUGCUAUUUUAAACUAUUUUUACCUGUGCAAUUGAAUCAUUGAGGUUCUUUUUUCAAAAUUUGUUUUAAUUGUUAUUGCGAAUACUUACACAAGCUUUUGAAAAUAUUUGUAUAUGGAGAAUGGUUGUUUCAAUACAUAUAUAAAAUGUAUACAUGCGUUGUUGGAAGUCCUGAGAUGCCAUAACAUGUAUAAGAAGUGGCUCGGUAUGUUAAAGACAAAUAAAAAUUUGAAAAAAUA